AUGAACUUCGCACCCUAUCAAGACGAGUCUCCCGAGGUCGAGCGAGCUCUUUCACCACCCCUGGGCGACGCGAAUCGUUUCAAAUCACCCAUUCUUGGGUCCCCGCGCGGGUCUCCCCCGAUCCCCAGUGCGCAAUCUGGCAGUCUCCCAUCCCCGACUCAUUUCGCAGGCGCAAAUCCAAUCCAUGGCGGCGGACAGGCAAAUCAAGGGUAUGGACGCGAUGUCGAAGGUGGGAGAUGGAAUCUAGGAGCUUUUGAAACAAGUCUCCCAAUUCGCAUGGAUGUUGAAGCUAUGCUGGCAUAUCUUCUUCUCCCCCCCGCGGGUGGGGUAUUCCUGUUGCUGUUAGAGCAUAAGAGCGACUAUGUUCGGUUUCAUGCUUGGCAAUCGAGCAUGCUCUUCACAGUCAUGUUUAUUGUCCAUCUUAUUUUCUCCUGGUCGAGCUUCCUUUCCUGGCUUCUAUUUAUUUGCGACCUCGGCUUGAUCGGAUUUCUGAGCAUGCGCGCCUAUCGGGAUGUCGACACGCUUGACCACUUUGAGGUACCUAUAUUCGGACGUCUCGCAAACUCCUUUGUGGAUAAUGAGUAG